AUUUGAGAGUACGACUUAGAGAGUUAGAGGCUUAGAGCAAACAUUGAAAUACAUCAAAUAUGAGUUGUAAUUUAAAUUGAAAAUAGUCCAAUAUUUAUUUGCAGUAGUCGUCCAAUAACCAAGCUGUUACCGACUAAUUGAAAAGUUUGUCAUCCCAACCUUCCUCCUUACUCCUUUGUACAGUCCAUUGACCAUUACUCCAUUAGUAUAGAUUGAUGGAUUAAGCCAUGAAAAGACUAACCAUUAUCUAUUUCGUUAUGUUAUUUAAAUUAUAUAAUUGGAACUUCGUUGAAUAAUUCCUCAAUUAGAGUGAUAUUUCUAAGUUUACGCGGGCUAUUUUAUUCAACUCUUUUCUCAAAAAAAGUAAUUUCUACUUUAUUGAAAUUUAUGUCAAAAACCCUUCUUUCCAUUUGCAACAAGCCAUUUAUACCAUGCUUCUUUCUUCUUCUUACAUCAUACCCAUACCUUUCAUACCACAAGGUUGUUUUGAAUUUGAGUUUCCAGAAAUUUUAUCUUCAAACUUGUUAUAUUUGGUCUGCGUAGUAUAUUAAGUUGGCGAAAUUUGACUUUCUGGGCUCUAAGCUAUUGAAAUUUCUAUGUUGAAUUUUUAUUGUAAGCAUGUGUUUUCCAUUUCACCCUUUUUGCUUUCACAAUUAUCUGUAUUAAAUCCUUUUUUACCAAAAACUUGAGCUUUAUUGUUUUUUUUCCUUAAAUUUUUACCCAUUUUGUUGUUUCUAAUACUAAAUUUGUUUUUUGGGUUUUUUCAUUGGAUGAGAUUUCUGCUUUCAAGAGCUGCAAAGAACACUUUUUUGGUGAUUCAAGGAAUUAUUGUGGGUAACCAGCUAUUUCUAAAACCCAUGUUUCCUUAUUGUGGUUGAUUUAGAGAGGUGGGAUUAAAACUAAAAAAAUUUACUGUAUAUUAGCUUGUGGUUGUCUAGGUUUGGAUAAUGGUGUCAAGUGAAAAUAGAAAAGGAAUUGGUGGGUCUAAUUUGGGAUAUCCUGUUGAUUGUGAGAUCUUAAAUGGGACUGAAGUAAAGAAUCAUGUGUCUUUACAAGUUUCAACCUCCAGAAAGGGACUAUUGAGUGAUGAAAAAUCUUCAAAUGAGAACCCCCUUAGUCUUUCUAGCAGAUUAAAGAUGCUAAAACUCAGCCCCAAAGGAAAAAGAACUUCUUCAGAUGGGUUUCAUAGAUUUUCCGGGGACAAGAAUGAGGUUUCUGAUGGUGCACCUGUUGCUGCCACUGAAAGUUUUCGAGAACGUGUCAAGAAUGUAAUGUUUAGGAAAAUCGACUGGCCUUCUGUGAUGCAAAUGUGCAAAGAUUGGAUUCGGAAACCGUUGAAUAUGGCCCUUCUUUUGUGGGUAAUUUGUGUUGCUGUAUCGGGUGCAAUUCUGUUUCUUGUGAUGACAGGAAUGUUGAACCAUGUUCUUCCCAAGAAAUCACAAAGGGAUCAAUGGUUUGAGGUUAAUAACCAGAUUAUCAAUGCCCUUUUUACCCUAAUGUGUCUUUACCAACAUCCGAAACGUAUCUACCAGUUGGUACUUUUGUGUAGGUGGAAAUCUGAAGACGUUUCUGUGCUAAGGAGAAUAUAUUGCAAGAACGGAAAAGCUAAACCUAACGAACGAACACAUAUGAUGGUUGUGAUUAUUUUGCUUCAUAUAAAUUGCUUUGCACAAUAUGCUUUAUGUGGCCUUAAUUUGGGUUAUAGAAGAUCUAACCGGCCACUUAUUGGAGUAGCUAUUUGCUUAUUUGUUGCCAUUGCAGCACCCGCUGUUGCAGGAUUAUACUGUGUUCUUAGUCCUCUCGGUAAGGAUUAUGAAUGUGGUGUCGAUGAGGAGUCACCAAACCCGUUAAAGAGGCAAUCAUUGGAGAAACGAUACGCAUUUGCAACGCAAGAUGGGCGAGGGACUAUCGAGAACAAACCCGAGUGGAAAGGAGGGCUGUUUAGUUUAUGGGAAGAUUUUAGUGUGGCAUAUCUGUCAUUAUUUUGCUGUUUUUGUGUCUUCGGUUGGAAUAUGGAAAGGCUUGGUUUCGGGAAUAUGUAUGUUCACAUAGCAACGUUUCUUCUCUUUUGUAUGGCCCCGUUUUGGAUCCUCAACUUAGCUGCUGUAAACAUCGAUAAUGUCGCAGUACAAGGCAUUUUGGGUGUUACUGGUAUUGCACUUUGUCUGUUCGGUUUGCUGUAUGGAGGUUUUUGGAGGAUUCAAAUGAGAAAAAGAUUCAAUCUUCCUCCGAAUAACUCGUGUUUUGGAAAACCAAAUGUUGCAGAUUGUGCUCAAUGGCUGUGUUGCUGUUGGUGUUCUUUGGCACAGGAAGUUCGAACAGCAGAUUUUUACGAGAUCAUGGAAUAUAGUACCUACAAGAAGAAUGAUUAUAACCGCCACACUCCUCUUACCCCAUUACCUCGUGAAGGUAGUACUACUGCUCAAUCGAUGUCUAAUAUGAGCACCUCGUUUUGGUUAGAUUCCAAUUCAUCUAAGAUUAAAUCUUCGGUAUUAAUGGAUGAAACUAUGAUACCACCUAACCCCGCAACAAUGAGAAUGGAAGUUCAAAAUCAUGAAAAUAUGAAGUAAAAUGGAGCCUUAUUUAUGUUAACACUAUUUUUGAAAUGCAUAGCAAGGAAUUACUCUUUGAAGCAAGUAUCUGGCUAGUGGCUAGUUAUACUUCUAUCUGUUUGUUGAUUCACUUAAUAUGCAGUGCUUGAAUGAAUGGUGUAAUCCUAGUUAUUUGAGUGAAAUACUCCUAGUCCUAGCUCUUAAUUCAUGUCUUUUUUCCACAUUGUCAGAAUGCCUAACGAGUUGCGCCUGCUGUUUGAUAGAUGCAUGAUCGAGUAUAUAAUACUUUUAUGUUUUUGAAGUGUCAAAAAUCAGCCUCUGAUAGAAAGUAUUUGUGAACCGGGUUAUCUGAUUGAAAAUCCUAUUAAUUUUAAAAUGUGUUUAUGUUACAUAUAAUACAGAAAAAUGACAGUCAAGUUGGUUCAGCACACAUGCAGAUAUAAGUGUAUGGCCUACCCUAAACUAGUGUUUUAGAUUAACGUAUGAUUUUGUUUAAGUUAGUUCCUUGAGCAUACAUAUACAUGUGCAUUAUCUCAUUAGUAAAAAUGCAUUUUCCUGCAAAUUUGUAGCAUAUUUUCUUGUACUUUUCUGCAAAGUGUAAAGCUUCAGAACUACUAGACUAUUACUUCUCUGUUGUAACUGGCUAUUAAUCUACCACCAUUGCACUUGUGUUAAUAAAAAACUUAUAAUUAUUUUUUGUCCCUUUUCCUCUAAAUAGUCAAAACUGACCUUUUCAACUAGCUUAAAAAUUCAACUUGUGCUUGAGAUUGCCACUAUAAUCUUCAUCUUAAAGGCUAUUUUCAUGAAGCAAUUGUCAUACUUUUCUUUUUAAUCUGUUCUUUUUGAUUGUUACAAUUUUUUAUGAAAAUUAUUUAAUAUUUUUCU